AUGUUGGGAUCAAAAUUAGAUCCGAUUACUCUGCCUUCCACCUCUCCAUCUACGAAUCCGUUGGUGUUGCGUCAGAAUAACGCGGAUCCAGAAGCAAAAUGGAUAGUCCAGAAGUAUGGAGGUACUAGUGUGGGCAAAUUUGCAGUUAAUAUCGCUCGUGACAUCGUACCGAGCUAUAUUGGCCAGCACAAAAUUGCUGUCGUCUGCUCUGCACGAUCUGGGUCUGCAAAAGCUCUGGGAACUACCAAUCUCCUACUCAAAGCUGCCUCCGAGGCACAGCGACAACGACACAAGCUAUUCAAUGAUUGUGGUACUACGACUCCCUCGCUAAAUGGUAUAUUCAGGAGAUCAUCAGAAACUUCCCCCACCACUCCAAUGCGCAGAUCUUCACGAUCGCCUUCCUCUCCGUCCACGGGUGCAUUGACACCUCUGAUGACACCCCAGACUGGCCAGUCUCAACCGGAAUUUAACGUUACCGUCGACCUUAUACGGUCAGAGCAUAUGGAUGCUGCAAAAACAUCUAUUCAAAAUCCGGAGAUUCUCCAAGAACUCGAGGCUGAGAUAGAUCGAGACUGCGACUGGCUCCGUAGUUUCUUGUUUGCUGCUCAGGUAAUCAAUGAAAUAUCACCACGUUCGCGGGAUAGUAUCAUAGGUUUCGGCGAGCGAUUAGGUUGUAAACUGAUGACAGCCAUUCUCCGCGACCAAGGCAUUGACGCAGAGUACGUAUCACUGGAAGAUAUCAUUCCUGUAUCCGAGGAUAGCGACACCGUACGAGAAGGCAUUCUUGAUCAAGCUUUUUAUGAUAACGUGGCCACUGCUGUCGGAGAACGCAUCAAAGGAUGCACACCUCGCGUACCCGUUGUUACCGGCUUCUUUGGCCACGUACCGGGUUCGCUUCUCCGGCAGGUCGGCCGAGGAUACACUGAUUUGCUCUCUGCCCUUCUGGCCGUCGGCCUCGAAGCAUCAGAACUACAGAUAUGGAAGGAAGUUGACGGGAUAUUUACAGCGGAUCCUCGAAAAGUGCCCACCGCACGAUUGAUACCUAUAAUAUCGCCCGACGAAGCUGCUGAACUGACUUAUUAUGGGAGUGAAGUCGUACAUCCAUUCACGAUGGAGCAGGUCAUUCGCCGAAAAAUCCCAAUAAGAAUCAAAAACGUGGAAAACCCCCUGGGCGGUGGCACAGUGAUUCAUCCCGACCCAGAUAUUGAGGCACAAGACGAUGAUCUUUAUGAAGUGCCAGUUACAGUGCCACAAGGCCUCUCUCUGUCCAAUGACGAAUUGUAUAGGAACAAGCGACUACCGACCGCCGUGACAAUAAAAGAACGCAUUGUCGUACUCAACGUCAAUUCGAAUCGAAAGAGUGUAUCUCAUGGCUUCCUGGCUAGGAUAUUUGGAACCCUUGAUCGGUUUGGCGUGGUUGUAGACCUUAUUAGCACUAGCGAAGUACAUGUCAGCAUGGCUAUUGAGGACAAUCUAUCCAAGACCACUAUAGAGCGGCUGGUAGGGGAACUGAAGAAGAGUGGAACUGUUUCCGUCCACCGUGAAAUGACCAUUCUCUCCCUUGUUGGUCAACAUAUGCGCAACCUGGUUGGUAUAUCGGGACGCAUGUUUACCUCCCUUGGCCAGGGUAAUGUGAAUAUCGAGAUGAUUAGCCAAGGCGCCAGCGAAAUCAAUAUAUCGUGUGUUAUCGAGAGCCGUGACGCUGUUAAGGCGCUCAAUCUCAUACAUCAAAGCUGUUUACAAAUAAAGCCCGAAGGGCCCAAAGGGCGAGUUGGCCCAUGGUUUUUCUAG